AGCUCCUCCCCUUGCAGUGAGCUGCGAGGCGGCCGAGCCUAGCUGUGCUGCCUCCCGUGGCCGCCCCCCGGCCCCGGGGCUGAGUCGUGGUCCCGCAGCGGGUCGUAGGAUGGCGUUGAAGCGGAUCCAGAAGGAAUUAACUGACUUGCAGAGGGACCCUCCCGCCCAGUGCUCGGCAGGACCUGUGGGUGAUGAUUUGUUCCACUGGCAGGCCACCAUCAUGGGCCCGAAUGAUAGCCCUUACCAAGGUGGUGUUUUCUUCCUGACUAUUCACUUCCCUACAGAUUACCCUUUCAAACCGCCAAAGGUUGCUUUUACAACCAAGAUUUAUCACCCCAACAUCAACAGCAACGGCAGUAUCUGUCUUGACAUCCUGAGAUCUCAGUGGUCACCAGCAUUAACAGUGUCAAAAGUUCUGUUAUCCAUCUGUUCCUUGCUCUGUGACCCCAACCCCGAUGACCCUCUGGUUCCUGAGAUAGCCCACACCUACAAAGCAGACCGAGAGAAGUACAAUAGAUUGGCCAGAGAAUGGACCCAGAAAUAUGCCAUGUGAAGGCCACGCAGAUGUGCUGCUCCACAAGCUAAGCAGUUAACCUUUCAGAGCAGUCUCUUAGUGGAAGCUCGGGGUUGUCCGCUGUUUACUUGAUGCCAUGAGCCAUUUGCCAGGAGUCUCCGACUCUCUCAACAGACCCUGUUUCCCUUUCGCUUUCAUCUCCACUUGGAGGGACUGCUCGCAGCCAUUAGGGGUCUGACAACUUCAUGCCUUUGAUGCCACAUUCAGUCGCCACUUUCCUUUACUGAGUUUUAGCCUGGUUCAAACUGGAAUUGGCCUUCCGCUCAGACUCCCUGGGCCUUCUCUUGGGAUGGAUUCUUCUCAUCAGUCUUUGCUCAGGGUGGCAUAAGCUGUGCCCUUCACGCUGCACCACAGGAGCUGAGCGGCUUCCUGAGAAGCUGUCCUGAUAGAGCCAAGCACUGGCCUGCUGUGCCCAGAAGAGAGCCGGGCAAGCUUUCCCCUAGUCCUCACUUUACUGAAGAACUCUAUCCAAAGAGGAAUUCCGACCCGUGGGGACAUUGCAUAGUAUUGGGAGGGUUUUGCAGUGAAAUGAAUUAGUGACUGGGUCUUCCACGGCCUGCAAGUAAAUGAGGACAGUGGGAUUGGCCUCCCUUUUUCAGACUGAGAGGCCCCUGCUGCUGAUGGCCAGGUGCGUCGUCUGCUCUCACCAACAGAAUUACUGCUCCUUUGUAGUGUCGCGAGAAAAAAAAAAAUCAUGAGAUUUGGAAAGAUUUAGGAUGGCCUCAUUUGAAGAUCAUGGAAGACUCCGAGGCCCUGCAAAAAAGCCAGAGGCUGCAUAAUGUUUCACUUGUUAGCUGAGGAAGGUCUGACACUUGGGAGAGAGACGACAUCUGUAAAUAAACCUGUCCUUUUCCCUUUGGAAUAAUCCUUGAAUUAUUCAAAGGGGGAGCUCCACUUUUCUACUCACAUUUCUCUUUUCCUUCAGAAGACAAGGAUUGGAAACUCUGUACAGGUUCUCCAGAAACCUCAGCGGGAAUGAUUCAUUGGCCUUUGUGGCUCGAUUAGCUUUCAGGUUUAAGCAUUUUUUUUUUUAGUGUUGGAAUAAAUGAAGAAGUAAGGUAUUGGUUGCCUUUAGAAUUCGCUGAGUAUUCUAGCAAGAAAAUGAGCAGAUUGGAGAUUUUUUUUUCUUUUUUUGCCAUAGCUGAAUCUUCUCAAAGAGAAGCAAAAUGCAUUGUUUCAAAACCUAAGAUAAUAAUGAUUUGCUUGUCUCUGCUCUCUCCUAGUUCUCAGAGUUGCUUUGCACUCCUUGAGUUACUCCAUGAUAAAAUAAUAAUGUUUGGGGAAGGACCCAGGAGCCGAGUGAUCUUAAAACUAUGCAACUAGCUAGUGACACAGUCAGGCAAUUGCAAGUUUGAAGAGAGGAUAAAGGAAAUGGAUUUGUUAAACCCUGACCCCGCAGGGCAGCUAAUUUUUUUUUUUUUUGAGAAAUUGGUCUAGCUCAGAGACUUGGAAGUGGUCAUUGCGUUAUUGCCAAAAGAUUGUGCAGAGGAAGCUCAUUAAGGUCAGCUCCUCGGAGAAGGAAGAGCCACUGGCAUGGGCUCAGGCUUCUUCUCUGCCUUGUUUAGACGGACCCCUGUCCAAUUGCUCUCUUGUGGCCUCAAGACAGUGUUUUCUUGGCUUAGGGUGUCCCGUGCCCCCUCGUCUCAUCACUCCUUUCCAGUCUUUUUUUAAACUAACCAAUAAAUUAAAAAAUUUUAAACAUCAGGUAUUAAAAUUGCACAGCAUACCAUCAUUAUGGUGUCAGUAGAGGAUGAGUCACUAUGAGGAGCCAAGUGGCAAUAAUAACAUGGGGCUUGGGGCUUGUGGGCACUCACUGGUUCGUUAUACUGCAUCUUGUAUCUAAGGAUCACAAAGCACUUUACAAAUGCUACUCAAGUAGCACAUUGGGAGAGGGAAAAGAACAAGGGAUUGAUUUCCAUUUCGCUGAUGGGAAUGUGAAGGCCCGGAGAGGGGAAGGUCCAAGGCUAUGCAACAUACCAAGAGCCAAAAUGAACCACAAAAUGUCAGAACUAGGAGAAAUUUUAGAGAUCCAGUGUCCCAAUUUUACAAAUGAAGAAAGUGAGCUUGCUUGAAGUUACAUAGCAUAGACUUAGCAACCUAGCAACUACUAAAACCAGGGAUUUUUUAAAGUGUUUUUUUUUUAGCCAGUUCAACCAAAUUUUUAAAAUGAAGUCUUCCUUCCUCCUAUGAGGUUCCAUGGGUAGUAAGGCAAGUGAAAUCAGGUCUUGGUUUCCUCCUCUUCCUCUGACAUCUCUCUUUCCUCAGUUUUUCUGGGAUCUAUUGGCAAGCCUGGCCUAGACACUGCAGAUUCUGAGGCUGGAGCCAGAGCCAGAGCCACAGAGCACAUGGCCUCUUUGCCCCAGCCGCUCCAGCUGGUUCUUUCACCAGUAAAGUCGUCAGGCCUGUCUUCUUUCAAGGGCAAAAGCCAUUGCAUGUAGAGCUAGACAGAAGCACAGAACCCACGUGGCCUGACCUGCUUCUCUUGAUAGAUGAGGAGAUCCAUGUAUGAGAGCCGCGUGAGGCCAGGCCCUGUUGCCCAGGGCAAGUUCCCUUAAUAAGCAGCUCCCUGCACUUAGGCCUCCUGCCCACGUUUGCAGCGGGAAGGCCAGAUAUGCAGCUUCUUUCGUCCUGGUCCUGCAGGCAUGACCAAGCCUGCAGUCUGUGCACACUGGCUUGUCGUGUUCCCAGAGGACCUCGCCGUUUGGAAUCCUGGUGGACGUCCUUGGAUCUUACAGAAGGUGAAAUUGAGAGGUUUACACACAUCUUCCUCUUAGCUGACAGGGAAGGCAGAGGUGGCUUUUCGGGUCAGACUGACCAGAGAGGCAUUUCACCAGGCCGAGCUGCCCCCGUGGUUCCUCUCUGAGCAAGCAGCAGUGCAGUUUGUACUAAACUACCUCAUUACACUUUCUUAGGGAUUUCUCUGAAGAGCCAAUGCCAGCCUUCUCAGAGGGACACGCGGGCAGCUUCCUGCAGUGCCAUGGGAAUUGGGGAGGGGGCCUUCUCCAUUCUCCUGUGCUCUUUGUGAAUUUACUUGUUCAUGACUCAUUCUGGGUGUUUCCUCCCCAGUAGUGCUGCAGGGAAGGCAUGGAGCUGUAGCUGACUUGUCCAGGGAGUGCUAACUGGAGAUGGCAAGACAGCCAGCCAAGUGGCACUGAGGCCCAAGGCUCCAGGUUGGGGGAAGCUUCCUGUGGCCUAAGCUCAGACCCAUGCCAGGUUUCCUCUCUUAACAUGUGCUUGUGUCUCCUACCUCCAUGUCAGCCUUGAGAAAUAGGACAGGUAGUAGAAAACUAGCCAGUCUCCUUAAUGGCACAUUGCUGGCUUCAGUCCCAAUGAUGUCCUGACUUCCAUCCAAGAAAGCCUAUUGGCAUCUUAGUGCCCCUCUAAGGGUGAUUGAGAGCAGAGAAACGAAUACAUUUCAUACCAUUUCUGUGAUUUCCCAAAAAGUGCUCGACUCUCAUUACUCCAAGGGCAUUCAGCUGCCCCCUGAAAAAUUAGGCCUUCUUCGGGCAAGAAACUUCUGUUGGCUAAGCCCCGCCUACCCCUCUGCUCCCCAAGAAAGGCCCUGUCAUAGUAAAACAGGACAGAAUUAGCCUUGAGCUGCCAUGAAGGAGACUGCCAGGAGCCCCUUUAUCAAGUCAUUCACAUUAGAAACGGCAUUGAUUUAUUUGGAUCUGUUUUGAGCACCCCCAGUGCUUGCAAAGCUCUGGUUGGCACUCCAGGGAAGGGGCUGGCUACCAAAGAGAGUCUAGCCCUCUAAAAGUUUACGUCUAGUUAGGUGGAAAUUCAGGGUAUGCACAAAAAACAGAAUGUCAGUUAAGUCCAGGAUGAGUGAUAAAGACCAGAGGGGUCACUAGGAGUUCAGGAUGAGAAAAGCCUUGUGGAGACCUAAGUUAAAAGGCAAUGGAGGGAGCAGCUAGGUGACACUUACCUGCUGUGUGACCUUGGGCAAGUCACAACCCUCAUUGCCCCACCAAAAAAAAAAAAAAGGCAGUGGAGGGGCUCUGUACAGGUAAAGGGCUGGAGGCAUGGCCCAAGCCAAAGCUUAGAGUGAGAAAGAAGCAAUUUGUUUGGGGGACAGCAAAGGAGGGAGCUGUCCUCAUGGGAAUGGACAAUUCACAUCAGAGAGUAGCAGAAGAUGGAGGUCUCUGGGGUCAGCAAGGAAGGGCUUGAUGGGAGGCUUCGUUCCUUUGUCUUCCCUUGGCAUAGCUAAGGAAUGCAGUAAAUACUAUACUUAUGUAGGAAGAAGAGGGGAAAAGCCCAUCUGAAUCUGGCUGCCUGCCUGACUCAAAUGUGUGUCUCUAUCUCUGUGCUGUGUAGCAAGGAGCAAUAACAGUGCUUUUCAGGGCCUUGCAAACUGCACCUUCUAGCCAUGGAAACAGGAACAGAUGGGACAGGUCAGUAAGUCUAGGGAGCCUUAGCAUCAUUUCAGGCAGGCCAAAGCAUGCAAGCUGAAAGCCAGCCGGUAGAGACUGUCGAGAGCUCCUUAUUUAGAGGUUUGUUGUUAUUGUUUUUAAACCAUGAAAUGCCAAGAGCUGGUUGUCCUCGAAUAUCUCAGAAAUUCCAAGUACACUGGCCAUGUUAAAGAACAUAGUGGUAUUAGGUUGUUUACUCUGUAUGUUCCAAUGUGACAUGACAGACUGUAAAACAGGCCUGCCACCGAACUCCAUUUACUGAGAUCCUCAUAUCCUUGGUGAUUUCACUUCAGUUUGUGUGUGUGAGUCACCAGCCCACCCUACAUUCUCUUCAGAUCUCUUCCUGUCUAAAGACUGUACCCCAGGGAAUUGGGGCAGCGGCGUGCACGUUACCUGGGCUUUGGGCAUCUGUGAAAAUCCCAUGUAACCAGAAGGAGUGAGGGUCAUCCUUCUUUGGGGCUGCAGAAAAGACUGGGUCACCAAGAAACCCAACAUUUCCCCUUCUCUUCUUUGGAGGGAUCUGCCCCUUCCUGGAAGCCCAGAUGGAUGCUACUAAAGGAACCUCAGGCUGUAGUCACUCGAAGCUGUCUUUGGUCUGCCUGCCGCUGCUGCCCAGAAGAAAGCAAGCCUUGAUGAGAACCUUGAUCAAACCUAAGAAGCCCUGGCCUCACUUGGGUUUUUUUCCACACUGUGGGCUGGCUGGUGGGCUCCUCCAGUUGCCUAGUACACUCAUUAUUCCCUCCCUCCCCCCCCCCCCCAUCCAAUACUUGUUACUUUUCAAAUCAUAACAGCCACUUACUGUGAAGGGUUUGUGUCUAUUUUUUUUCCUCAAGAUUGUGAAGUAUCCGUUUACUGAACCGUCCUUGCCAUUUGCUGCACACCAUUUAGAGUGGAUGGGAUUCCUUUUUAAGCUAGGAAAAACAGAUACUGAAACCUUUCCAGCCUCUACAAUGCUGUGGCCACAUGUUGGUUGGAGCAGGGAAACGUCAUCCUGAGAUUCUGCUGAAAUAGGAUUUUAUUGCUGACUGUGAAUCUUCUGUGGAUGCAUAAGUUAAAUAAACAGUGGUCCUUUC